CCUAUACUUCCUUUAAUGGAAAAAAAGUCUGCAUGAUAUCUGUGAGUAAGACCUGUUUCACUGUCUUUUAACCCUCGAUCAUCGUCACACAUGGAUGGGCUGCACAUGCUGGUCGUUCUCUUCGGAGUUGUUUCUUACAGUCAUGGUUGGAUUUCUGGACCAGUGUUGAAGGUGGCAGUCAGACCAGGAGACAACAUCACUGUCUACUGUGACUGCAAAAUAUCAACUGGAGUAUAUAUAGUGUGGUACAGAAACUGCACUCAUGAGAACCAGCCUACUCUUGUCCUUAAACAAAACAUUGGUUUAUUGCGGGACCCAGCUAGUACCACUAUGCAUGGUCUGAGCCUUUUCCCGCGUUAUCAAUUUGUGAGAAACUCUUCCUCUGAAUCUUAUGACCUGUUGAUCAAGAACAUCACUGAUUCAGAUGAGGGUCUCUACUACUGUGGAACUGUAAAGAAAACAGUGGAGGAUAAGUUAUGCAUUGUUCAGAGAUUGAAUUACUCAUAUGGCAACGUCACAACAAGGAUCAUUUUAGAUUCCCGCCCAGACUCCAGUGGGUGCUGCCCUGUGUCUGCUGAGUCCUGGAUGAUGGUGUUGUCUCCAGCAAUCACUAUUCUGUCCUCUGUCCUCUCUUUUAUUUUGAUUUAUCACAUCUAUCAGAAAGCAGAUAAGGAACGUCCAAUUCUCCAGAAAGGAGCUGACACCAAGGCACAAACAAGAUGGAAUAAGGAUGAAGAUGGGUGUUUUACACGAGUUGUGUACCAGGCUAAGGAUGAAUAAACAGAAGAAACAGAGGAUGGCACGCACAAGCACGUUAGCUUUGUUCGAGCGGAAACCACAAUAUAAAGACCAGGCGUCACAAGAUUCUCUGUUAUUUACCACAGUAUAUCCUGUUACACACAUCUGACGUGGGGGCAGUUUGUUUCAUUAUCAGCAUCUAUAUGUCAGUAAAUGUGUUGGGAUAUUACUGAAACUGGCAACAUCUGGACAAUAACUUUCUGCCAACAAUGGCAUGAAUGAAGAAAAUGAAGACGCUGUUUGUCUUGUUAGACGAAGAGAGAGGUCACUCUCAUGGCUGACUGAUUGUUGCAGUAUAACCUGAUUAGACAUGGUACCAUAAGAAAAAUUCCAUGUCACAAUUAUUUUGGCCAGAAUAACUGCAGUGCACACUAGUAUCACGAUAAUCAUGAAAACACACUUUUGAAAAUGGCACUCAUAAAUAUUGGAAUCACUUUUUAUUUGUGUGGGAUACAACAGGAAAACUGAACCUUCAGCCAUAGUGACAGGCUAAGGAUUUUGGAAUGACUGGAAAGAUUCAGGCUCCCCCUUGUCCCCUUGUUCAAAAUAAAUAAGGAAAUUGAUAUAGAACCGUAUGCUGGAGAGAGACAGAUUUUUCAACUCAAGCCAUGCAAGGAUAUUCAACUGUAGACUAUGUCAUGGGGUUUAAAAGACUGCUGCAAGUGAGCCAGCUCAUGAUCUGUGGCCUGUGUACACAUGUGGUUUGUUAUGGGGUUUAUAAUCAACCAGGAACAACAAGCUUUUUUAAAUAUAUGCAUUUUCACAACCUGUUUUAAAACUUUUCUUUGUCACCGUGUUAGGCCAGUGUUCCAGCUUAUUUACAUCUUGUUUUUAUUUUUAGUAAAUAUCAAGUAAUAAGAGAUAGUUAUACUGUUUUAAAUUGUAUAUGAAAUGUUUUAUGAAGAUUUGUAAAUAUAAUUAGCUCUUGUCAGUAUUACAUUUGCUUGUUGAAUUCUCAUGUAUAAGCUUUUUGCUAAUAAAAACUAAAUAGUAUCAAAGGCA